AUGCUGUACGAGGAUGAGGAUCCUCUUGGAAACUCCAUAUUUGACACUGCAUCCAAUUCGAUACUGGGAAACACAAUGACUACAUCCAUGUUCUCAUCAGGAUACGAGGAGGAUCCUUGGGGAAACCACAUGAACACAUCCAUCAUACCAUCAUCACCAGCAGCAGCGAUAAACGCAUCAACAGCCAAUGAUAUGGGUAGAUCAUUUACUACGCCUAAUCUGUUCCAUCGAGACACUACAUCAGAUGCCGCUGAUUCUCGAGGAAUCAACAAUGCAGCGCCCUACAAUUCAACCACUGUGCUCUCUGGUAUUCGAUUACCUGAGAUGUAUGAUCAACUAUUCUCCCAAUAUCAACGCUCAGGCAGAGUUUCUUUAUCGACGUUAAACAGCAUUUUAUCUAAAGGAAAGAUCUCGGCACAACAAAUCGAAAUGAUUAUGCAAAUUGUGGUACCAAAUGGCGCAUCGUAUGUAACUCAGUCCGAAUUCAAUACAGCCAUUGCAUUGCUUGCUUGUGCUCAAAACAGAAUCGAUGUUUCGCUACAGAGCUUAUAUCGAAAUAGAAACUAUCUCCCAGAGCCAAGCAUGCAUAAUGCAGAAGUAGUGAAAUCGCCCCUCAAAGUUAUGGAUGACAAUCCCAUUGCACCUGAACCAACCACCAAGUCAAACUACCAAAGCAAAACUGCCUAUCCUGGUAUGUUAACAUCCAGUAAAGAGCAACAAAGGCAACAGCAACAACAAACAGAACAAGAACAAGCAAACAACAAUAAGACUUUGGAUACAAAUCAUUGGUUCCAGCAUUUAGAGGAGAUAACAGUGACAGUAGCACCAGAAAGGGAAGGGUUUAUAUUCAAGCACGUCAAUUACAUUGUGACAAACGAAAAGAGGUCUUCAAUUGUGCUGAGACGAUAUAGCGAUUUCUGGUGGUUGUUGGAGGUUUUGUUGAGGAGAUAUCCAUUCCGUGCUCUACCCAAUCUACCGCCCAAGAAAUUAGGAGGAAGAGAUGCUACCUUUUUAGAGAAACGACGAAAAGGCUUAUCGAGAUUUAUCAAUGCCAUCAUUCGCCAUCCUGUAUUACGUCAAGAUGAUAUUGUUGCACGAUUUCUAACAGAACCUUCCGAAUUAUCAGCUUGGCGUAAACAAAAUCCACCCAAUUUAGACGAGGAAUUCAAACGAAAGACGCACGCUAUUCGGGAUCUGGACGAUAUGACACCUAUGAAUUUGGAUGAACAGCUGCAAAAAGCGAGAAAGAGAGUGUCUGCUGGUAUCAACCAUUACGUCAAUCUGUGCUUUAUUAUGGAGAGAAUGAUUCGUCGCAUGCAUGGGCAAGCCACUGAUUUCUCGAGAUAUUCCAUUGCUCUUAAUUCUUUGGCAGAAGCAGAGUUGAGAUACCAUGCUGGAGAGUGCAGAAACUGUCAACAUGUAGUCAGGGGAUAUGAAACAGUUGCUAAACACAUGCAAACCGAAAGCAGUAUAUUGGAGGAUCAAGUAGGAAAUGCAACAGAUGGUGUGUUGGAGAACCUGAAAAGGUUCAGAGACUUACUGGUCUCAUUUCGGGAUCUGGAUGAACGUAGAGCCAAAUUAUCGGUGAACCAAACGGAAAUGAUCAGUAAACGAGUGGCCGCAAACCGCAACAAAGUGCAUCAGAAUAAGGGCGUUCCUGGAUUAGAGGCCGAGGUUGAGAAAUUAGAGGAAUCUAUCCGAGCAGAUGAGAUGGAGUUGACUCUGCAGCAAGACCGAGAGAUCUUUAUCAGAUUCUGCAUGUGGUCAGAAUUGAUCUACCUUCACAAACAGCAAGCAUUUGUGUCUUCUCUAUAUCAGAACUAUGUCAAGGAUUCGAUCGAGUUUUCAAAAUUGCGCGCAACCAACUGGCGUGAUCUUGAAGCACCUACUUUCGAAAUGCCUACCAAUGUCGAGCUGUUUGAAUAA